AUGAUGGACAAUGUGACUGCUGAUGACUUAAAUAACUCUGGUUCUUCUUCUUCUUCGUCUUCUUCUUCUUCUCCGUCAUCCGAUUCUGAUUGCGAAUCAAGUUGUUCUUGUACCAGUUCUUCUUCUUCUUCUUCAUGCUCUGAAACACCUAACAACCAGUGCAAAGACUCUAGUUUUCCUAAUUGUGAUGAAGUUACCCCAGAAGAUACAGAUACUCGACAGUCAAAUGGUCAAUCCAAAUGGAUGGUUUGUCAGCUUUGCCUGUAUAAAGUUAAAACACCUUUACAAUUAAAACAACACAUGCGAAUGCAUACUGAACAUAAAGUACAUCAUUGUGUCAUAUGUAAUAAAACAUUUGAACAAGCCACUCAACUAGAAAAACAUAUAUCCAUACACUGUGGAGCAGAUAAUCAUUUUAUUUGUUCACUUUGUCACAAAGUGUUUAAACUUCGAACUCAAAUUGUCAGACACAUAGCAGAUCACAAAAAACCAAAUUUCAGGCCUCGAAAAUUAUACACAUGUCACAUUUGCUCAAAAAAAUUACAAAAUAAGUUACUAAUGAAGGAACAUAUAUCAGGACAUGAAAAGGGGACACUGCAUUCAUGUGAUGUUUGUGGACGAACUUUUAAAUUAAAUUCAUAUCUUGUUGUCCACAAAAAAACACAUGAGAUGAAUGUGCCUUAUACCGGGGAUAAGCCAUUCACCUGUUCACUGUGUAAGAAGUCGUUUAUGAGCAAAAGUAAUCUUGAUCUACACAUGUUGUUGCACAGUUACAGUAAAAAAUCAUAUAGCUGUGACAAGUGUGGAAAACUAUUUAUGCGAAAAUACAGCUAUGAUGUUCAUGUAAAAAUACAUGAAUAG